ACUUUCAAAACGGAGGAAGCUGAAAAGGAUGGAGAGAGCUUGUGUUUGUGUCUUUCUGGUUUUGUGCCUGACACAGGCAGUGUUAUGUCAAGAGGAAUGUAAGCUAAACUUUACAAGUCAGCCAUUGCCUGAGCUAACUUGUCGCCCAACAAAAGCAAGUACAAUUAUAUUUCUGUAUUGCACAGUCUCUGAUGCUGACGCUACUCUGACUUGGUUUCGUACUCAACAUGAAGACCAGGCUGGUAUUAAUGGAACUGCUAUUAAUGAGAGUAACACUUCAGAUCCAUACAGUUUUCAGAGCAUUAACCACUACCAACCUUCACUCACAUUUACAAUUAAUGAUGAUACACUUGGUUACUACUGGUGUGAAAUCACUGAUGCUAAGUAUAGCAAUUUGUCAUUACGUCUUAGUACAGUGACUCACGUACGAAACUCCAGUGAAUAUAAUUCUUCGUUACCGAACUGUCCUACUAGGCCCUCACUUGUGCAUUUUGAAAAUCGAUAUGAUCAGUGUGCCAUAAUUUCUACAUCUUCCUCAUCAACCGUUCUAUCUCCAACGCCAUCAAGUGAGGCAUCAAUACAAGACUCAGUCAGUAUUACUGAUGCUGCUAGGUCUAGUAGUAUCAGUAAUAUUGAUACUGCUAGUUGGUCUAGUAGUAUCAGUAAUAUUGAUACUGCUAGUUGGUCUAGUAGUAUCAGUAUUACUCCCUCUAUGUCAUCAUCCUUUAUUUACUCUGCUUUGUCUACCUCUCCUUCAUCUUUAGUUCCUUCCCUUUCCCCAUCACCUUCACUCUCAUUAUCAGCUACUACUAGUAGCAGCAGCCUCUCAUUUACACCCACACAGUCCCUUGAGCCAUCUCCCACCACAACUGGAGACACAGAAAAUAACGUAUUCAUACUCUAUGCAUUGGCUGGUGUGUGUGGACUGCUUGCAGUGAUUGCAUUAGUCAUAGUUAUAGCCAUCUUUGUCCUUUGUUACUUGACAAAGCAUCAGUCAAGGAGAAGGAGCUACACACCCAAAGGGCAAGCUGGAGAGGAUUCCUCUGGUGUAGGAGGCAGGAGAAACAGUGAUGAUGAAAAACCAUCAAGCCAAUUGCCUCAGCAAAACACAAACAACAACAUUAAUUCUUCACAUCAUCCGCCCCCACCCUCUCAGAUUCAACAGCGUGGGCUAUCUUUCAGUAAUCCCGUCUAUGAUAUUGCUAAAGUACAAUCAUCUGAUGAUUCUAAUGCAUUUGAUGUUUUCCCACCGAGGAUAGUACCCCCUGAUCAACCUAAAACUAACUCUCUCCCAAAAUAUGCUAAACCGGAUUUAAGCAAGAAGAAAUCUCACAGUGACGAGGAAUAUGUAUCUCCCCAUAACACAUUGCCAAGUGGGUCUGAUGGCAUGUAUGAUCAAGUAGCAAUAUCCCCUACUGGUACUAGUAGUACCAUUGGAUCACGACCACCCCCACCUGCAGAGGAGCCACUUGAGCUUCCCCCAUCUCUCAAUUUGUAUGAUGAUCCGAACCAGCUCUCCCCCAUACUUCAUUCGCCACCAGCAGCAUACGAGGAGCCACACCUAACUUCACCAAAUAUCUCAUCUCCUCCUCCUCUCCCUCCCCCACCAGUUGAGUCAGCACUGUAUGAUGACCCACACGAGGUCAUAUCACCCUCACAACAGAGGCCUGACAGCUACAUGCAACCGCUCUCCCUCCUUGAUAAUAUUAAUAAUGGAGGAGAAAAAGAGAGUUAUUACAGCAUACCAGCUGAUGCCAUGCCACACCAGUAUCACGAGCUAAUCAACAUGCAAGAAUCAAGUCAAGCUUCAACUACUACUACUACUGCAUCUACUAGUGCAGGUAAUGAGACCAGUACUGCUCCUGAUAAUUCUGCAGCUCCACAAGAGAGUGCAUAUGAUGAUCCUUGGGGUUCUAUGCCUACUGGAAUAAAAAGAGGAAGCAGUCGGAGUAGUAAGUCGCAUGGUGGGAGAUCCCACUCAAUCACUCACUCGGUCUCGCCUAACCUGUUUGACGACCCUCAGUAUGACACGCCCUCUCCACAUCAAACCACUCCCAUUGAGACAAAUAAUUAUUAAAGCAGCACAAUAAAUAAUUACAGAAAUAUUACUAUUGUCGCUAAUAUUAGUUGGUGUCAGUUAGAAAUGUCAUUAAUUAUUUUUAUAAUAAUAAUAAUAAUAAGAUUAAGGAUAAAAAUGGUAAAAUCUCAUGUUAAUAAUCAUAGUUUGAAGAGCACUUAAAAAGAUUUGGGGUCAUACAAAGAGUAUAAAUCAAA